GAAGACGUCGAUAUUUUUGGUGACGUUGUGCGCGAUCGAAACGGGCCGAGGAAUAUUUUGACAAGAGGAUUUAUGUUCUAUUGGUGAUUUGAAGAUGGAUUUAUCAGGAGGUGGUCAGAGGAGAAUGGCUCGUUUGCUCGGGUUGGAGAAGUCAGUGUGAGGAGGCUUCAGACAGGCUCGCACGGCCAGACACGAACAACAUGGCAGAGAUCGAAAAGUCCCUUUCAACCAGACAGCGUUUGUCCUCCAACACACCGGCUGAUGAGCUGGCGGUCAUUGAAAAUGGAGACAGCAGAGCUCACUCUCUUUGUGAGGACGUCUCUGAGAGAACAACAUCCUCAGAGUCCCACAGACGCUUGUUUACAGGUGCUGCAACAAUGGCCAGGCUCUCUUACUUCUUCUUCAUGCUGCGAAACUGGGCCUCUCACAGAAUGCACCCAGAGACAGAGAGGCACGACUCCUUCCUGGAUCGCUUCAGAGGCCCUGAGCUCAAAGAAGUCGCCAGUCGAGAGAGCAACGCCCAGUCUGUGGGUCCAAACGACGUGGUCCGUAAGAGAAAUCUCGCCAGUAAGUGGCCGCUGGCUACUUACAACAUGAAUAACUGCAACAACACAGACGACAAAAAAGAGGACAAGAAAGAGGAGAUUAAAAAAGACGAGAAGAAAGACGAGAAGGAUGAGAAGAAGGACGAGAAGGAUGAGAAGAAGGAUGAGAAGAAGGAUGAGAAGAAAGAUGAAAAGAAAGAUGAGAAAAAGGAUGAGAAGAAAGAUGAGAAAAAGGAUGAUAAGAAGGAUGAGAAAAAGAAAGAGGAGCCCCCGAAAGAAAUCUGGAUUAUGGAUCCAGCUGCAGACCAGUACUACAAAUGGCUGACUGUCAUCGCAGGCCCAGUAUUUUAUAACCUAAUGAUGAUUGUAACAAGAGCUUGUUUUAAUGAACUCCAGAACUCUUAUACAAAACUCUGGAUUUUCUUGGACUACACCUCCGACUUUGUCUACUUCGCAGACACGUUUGUCAGAGCAAGAACAGGUUACUUGGAACAAGGGCUGCUGGUAAAAGACUCCAAGAAACUGAGAGAUAAAUACAGAACAACAUCUCAGUUCAAGUACGACAUGAUCUCCAUGAUCCCCACUGAUCUUCUGUUCCUGCAAUUCGGAUUCAACAACCCAGAGUUUAGAUUCAACCGUCUCUGCAAACUGUCAAGGCUUUUCGAGUUCUUUGAGCGGACUGAAACCAGAACCAGCUUCCCGAACAUGUUCCGAAUCAGCAAUCUCGUGCUUUACAUCCUGGUUAUUAUCCACUGGAAUGCUUGUAUGUUCUUUGCCAUUUCAAAAACAAUAGGUUUUGGGUCUGACACGUGGGUGUAUCCCAACAUCAGCCACCCAGAGCACGGCCGCUUGGCCAGAAAGUACAUUUAUUCCCUGUACUGGUCAACACUGACCCUCACAACCAUCGGAGAAACCCCUGCACCAGUCAGGGAUGUCGAAUUCCUCUUCGUCAUCGCCGACUUCCUCACUGGUGUCCUGAUUUUUGCUAGUAUCGUCGGUAACGUCGGUGCCAUGAUCUCCAACAUGAAUGCCUCUCGUGCUGAGUUCCAGGCAAAGAUCGACUCUAUUAAGCAGUACAUGCAGUUCCGAAAGGUCUCCAAAGACCUGGAAGCCAGGGUCAUCAAGUGGUUUGACUACCUGUGGACUGAGAAGAAGACCUGUGAUGAGAAGGAGGUGUUGAAAAACCUCCCUGACAAGCUCAAGGCUGAGAUCGCCAUCAAUGUCCAUUUGGAUACUCUAAAAAAGGUGCGUAUUUUCCAGGACUGCGAGGCGGGUCUCCUGAUUGAGUUGGUGCUGAAGCUUCAGCCGCAGGUGUUCAGUCCUGGAGAUUACAUCUGUAAGAAGGGGGAUAUUGGCAGGGAGAUGUACAUCAUCAAGGAGGGGAAGCUCGCCGUGGUGGCUGAUGAUGGAGUCACUCAGUUUGUGGUGCUCAGUGAUGGCGCGUACUUUGGGGAAAUUAGUAUCUUGGGAAUCAAAGGCAGUAAGGCAGGCAACAGGAGAACCGCCAACAUUAGAAGUGUGGGUUACUCCGAUCUCUUUGCCCUGUCCAAAGAUGACUUGAUGGAAGCACUCACCGAGUAUCCAGACGCCAAGAAGGCUCUGGAGGAGAAGGGGAAAGCCAUCUUGAUGAAAGACAACCUAAUCGACGAGGCGGUCGCCAAUGCCGGAGCGGAUCCCAAAGACAUGGAGGAAAAGGUCAUCCAUCUGCAGAGCAACCUGGACUUGAUGCAGACGAAGUUUGCCCAGUUGAUGGCACAGUUCACCUCCAGCCAGACGAGGAUAAAGAGCAGGAUCACCGACAUGGAGUCCAAAGUGAAAUCCAUACAGCCGCAGGACCUUUCUGAAGUGGUGGCCGACAAAGACAAAAAAGUGCAGUGAAGUGAGCGACACCUCACGACUUGACAAAAAAAAAGAUGCGAUUUUUCAUUCAUAAUAGAACAGUGACACUUUUGAAAAAGGCCCAUGUUUAUAUCUAUUUAUACAUCAUGUUUGUUCAUCUUAAUGUGUCAAAUUGUGUACAGUGUAUGCAGCAAAUGUAUAUUUUGUGUGCACGCUAUGAUUGAGAGCCAGUUUCAUGUUGUCGUGCUGUUGAGUAUGAAGCACAGUGUAAGCAAACAAUUGGCUUUUCAUAGCCUUAGGGAUCAGUAUUGACGUAAUUUCCCAAGAAAAUAUCUUCUACAGUACAAAGGAAACUCACUCACAAUUUCACAACUUCGAUAUCCAUUUGACCUUGUAUGAACAAAAUAAACCUAC